AUGGAGAAUCACGUUUCGUGGGAGCAAACGCCCUGCGAGCUCAACCUGGGCAGUCUAGGUCCGAUCUGUGGCCUACAACGAAUUGACGACAAGGUUCAUCGUUAUGCCCGCGUCCCCUACGCUCUUCCUCCCAUCGGCGCGUUACGCUGGCAGAAUCUACGCCCUUUACCAUUUGACUACUCAUAUAGCUAUCCAGAUGAAACAAGAUUGGAUGCCACCAUCUUCGGUCCUGUUUGUCCGCAGGCCUAUCUCUCCAGCGGUGCCCGGAAGACUCCUGGUUCCAACUGGACUUUAGUCAAUGCGCCUCCGCCAGGACAACGCCGGCCAGUGGUGUACCGAGACUGUUUUGCCAUGGGCGAUCUUCUAAAUGAGCUCGUAAUAUACGAUUAG